AUGCACGUCUCGUACAUUUCCCUGGCCCUCUUCGCCGUCGGCGCCAUCGCCGCGCCUGCUGCUCCCAAGCCUGACGGCGACAUGACCACCGGCUUCCCUUUCAACCCCAGCGGCUCCUCUACUGUCCAGGACAGUGAUGAUGGAUUCGACAGUCCCUUCCCUGUCGUUAUGCACGCCCUUGAGCAAGCCCAAUCUUCAAAGCAAUCCGGUCACCCAUCUCCCACUCAGGGUGCGGGCAAGCCUGAUGCCCCUCCUAUCCACGCUGCCAUGGCCUCCAACAUGGCUGCCUCCACGCAGAAUGCUCCUAGCUUCCCUGCUCCUGUCGCCUCACAGGCAGCUACCUCGAAGGCCCCCAAGUUCUCUCACAUUCCCAUGAUUUCCGGGACUCCCGUCGCUACUCCAUCGCACGCCGUUAUUCACUCUGCCAGGCCGAGCUCCGCCACUCCUUCCUCUAGCGCUGCCCUUGCUCCUGCUCCUACCGUAUCCGCUCCUUCGGGCCGUCUUGGCGGCAUUGUCCACGGUCUCCCCGUCGUUGGAGAUCUCGUCGGCGGUCCCGUUGCUGGCCUUGGUCUCCGUCGUUAA